GCAUACUGCAGAUUUUGCUCGUGAUCACCAGUGUUCACAUAGUACAUUCUGAAAAUUAAAAUCAGUACAGUACUGCUAGUAUAGUAGGCGGUUUCGAAAACAGCCUUUGAUUCCGACGUAAACAGAACCUACCAUAUGUGUUGUUCAGCGCAAAUCUCGCGAGAUUUUAGCCAGCUCAAAGAGCGGGAAUGUCUAAUUUUUUCUGUCUUCUGUCUAUUUGUCAACACUCUAUGGUCAAAUGAUGGGAUCAUUCAUCGCAGAGCUGUAUUCUGAAAUUGACAAGCUCCGUGCUCAGCUGCUGCACAAUGUCGAAUUAAUGUCGGACCGCCAGUGGAUGAUAGAAGAAAUCAGCGACAGAGAAAUUCUGACCCGCAUCGAAAAUGUAAUCCUUGGAAUAGUGACAAGUCUGUCCAAAGAUGAGGCCCCUGUCCUGGCACUGCCCAACAGAUCCAGCUGGGCCAACAUCAGUUUUGACAGUGCUGUUGGGCUUCAAAUGAGUUCAGGAAGUUCUGUCACAACCAUAAGGAGCGACUGUAGCUCAUCCAUCACGAAAUUUGCUCAAAUUCUCAAGAUCCUGGCGGCCAUCUACAGACUGGUGCAGAGCAACUCUUAUUCUACCAAGAGAGACAUCUACUACAACAACCCACAGCUGUUUGUUUCACAAAGGACUGUUGAUAGUAUAGUAGAUGACAUCUCCUGUAUGCUAAAGGUUCCUCGCAGAUCUCUACAUGUGUUGGCCUCGUCCAAAGGAUUGAUCUCAGGUGAUCUGUCUUAUCUUGAAGAGGACGGCACAAGAGUUGACUGCCGCUCAAGCUCUGCUGCUGUUGCUGUAUCGUCAAACAUUGGUGGGAUUAAGAAUAUUGUAUCAUCUGCAAAGUUUGUCAUGAUAGUGGAGAAGGAUGCGACGUUUCAGCGACUGCUCGACAACGACUUCUGCACAAAGCUCGCUCCCUGCAUCAUCAUCACAGGAAAAGGCAUGCCAGAUGUGAACAGCAGGUUGAUGGUGAGAAAGCUUUGGGACACGCUACACAUCCCCAUCUUCGCUCUGGUGGACGCCGACCCUCACGGGAUGGAGAUCAUGUGUGUCUACAAGUAUGGAUCAGUGGCCAUGUCGUUUGAGGCCCACAGCCUGACCGUCCCCAGCGUUAUGUGGCUGGGCCUCCUCCCCUCUGACCUCCAGAGGUUGCGGGUUCCUGAGGAUGCCCUGAUCCCUCUUACAAAGAGAGACCAAAGCAAACUCAACAGCCUCCUGGAGAGACCGUACUUAAGCAGCCAGUCAGACUGGCAGAAAGAGAUGGAGCUGAUGCAGCAGAGUAAAGUCAAGGCUGAAAUACAGUCCCUGGAUGCUAUUGCACCUGAUUUCCUGACCAGCAUCUACCUGCCCAAUAAGCUGCGUUAUGGUGGCUGGGUAUGAGUGCAAUGCUGCCACCUAGUGGGGAUCUAAGACUACUGAGAUCCCUCACCCUUUUAUUAAAACCCUGUGAAUAUGGUGAAAACUCGCACCAUGUUUUUUGUGUUUAUGUUCCCAAGAUGUUUGGACAUGCUGUUGAAGUCUCAUCAAACACACUAUGUUAGUUUAAGUAAAGUCCAGCCUGUUUUACAACCACUCAACACCCCUAAGUAUGCUCAUUAAAAGACUUCAAGUCAACAGA